GUCGCCCCUUCACUGUUCUCCGGUCGCCGCGCACUCUUCUCCCCCUUCACUCCUCUCUCUCUCCAGAAAGGUUUCCCACGCCUCCGCACAGCAGGCUUGUUUUCUGAAUAAAUGCCGAAACCGUCGACUUAAAAUCGGGAGGAUUUCUAUAACCAAACUGCAUUCAAGAUGUGGGAAUUAAAUCAAAACAGGGAUCUACUUUUUCUGGAGUAAAGCGACACACGUAAACUUUUUCACUCGGAGCGAAGUGCACCGCGGUCGGGUUGAUAAUGUCAGCCGUCCUGGGAGGAUUUUAACUAUUAUUUAUUUUUAAAAAAAAACAUUUUAGAGCCUUCUCUGUCAGGCCCUUCUGUUUAUGGACUAUUUUUUAUAUUUUGUAACCAUUUUGGAAGCUUUCCCGUCAAUCCCCCUUUUGUUUAUGGACUCUUUUCUCGGUUGGAAAACAGCGACUUCCACACCUCAGGAAUUUAACAACGGAAACACCGAGGCGUCAGUGAACGCCGCUUGUAGCACGGCUUAGCAUGUUAGCAUACGAGCUUAGCAUGUUAGCUUGUUUUCAAAGCUAGUUUUGUUGUGAGGAUUCCCAUACCUCAGGAAUUUAACAGCGGCAAAUCCGAGUCGUCUGUGAACGCCGCAUGUAGCAUUGAUUAGCAUCAUAGCUUAGCAUGGUUUUUUUAGUCCCAAAAACACUAAAUUCAACUGCUUGAAAUAGGUGUAGCAUGACCCAGAUGUUCUGUUAAAGUUCCUCGGGUGUUGUAGGUUGUUAUUUCUUUUAUAACUUAGGUAUUAAGUCCGUGUUAGUGGACAGUUAGAUGUUAGCAUGUUAGCAGCUAAUGUUAGCAUGUUAGCUUCAGACGGAGAUCUGGGAGCCAACGAUGAGCUGAUUGCGUUCAAAGACGAGGGAGAACAGGAGGAAAAGAGAAACGUUUCCUCGGAGAGAGACCUGGACGAUGUGAAGAGUUCUCUGGUCAACGAGUCCGAGUCCAGCUCCGACUCUGAGGCUGACAGACGCCCCAGAACCAAUCCUGACCUGCAGAGCCGAGCCAGACACAGUCACCUGUUUGAAGAAG